AAAUUAGCCAAAGACUCGGUUAAUUUGUUGUUAUUAUAUUACACUGUUUUUUUGGCAUCUCUAUGGUGAUAUAAAUAUAUACAUUUAUAUACUUUAUAUGCAUGUACGUGUAUAUACAAAGUUAAACAGAGAUCAGAUUAUAUCUAACAAUUAAAAAAAAAGAAAUGGAUAAUAGUAAACAAUCAAGCAACGAUGGUAGUAAUCCGCACAAAGAUAAUCACCAUAGUAACAUGUUGAAUAACUACCAACAUUCUAUUCUUCCUUCUCCCCCAUUACGACCACAGAAAUCGCCUUAUGAAGAAGAGAGUUGUGAUCAUAGAGGAAGACCUCCGUCGUCCUUCUCCUCCUCCUCUUCCUCCUCCUCCUUUUUUAACAGUACAACUACUUUACAUCAAUCAUCAAUCGAAUUGAUAGUUAACAGUCAAGAUAAUUAUGUCCUUCAAGACUUUAGAGAUUUUCUGCAUGCUCAAGAAGAAACAAUCGAACUUCCCUCCUCAAACCACCCUUAUUUCUUCAUGACAAAUGAACAGCAAAUUGAUUUUGAUAUUUAUGAUUUAUUAGAUAAUAAUGACGAUGACAUGUUUUCUUUUUGUACAAAAUCUGUUGAAGAUCUUUUUCCACAGUUACUUACGGAUCAUAAAAAGUAGCUUGUGAUCUCCUCUUUAUUAAUGUACACACACACACACACACAUAAAAAAAAAGUUAUACUUUAUUUAUAUUUAUAUCCCUAUUCAUUUACACUUUAUUUGUAUUUAUACAUAUAAAAUU